CAACUGUGAAUCACGUGCUUGCUUGUUUGGUGAUGUAAUGGGUUUCUUCAACUCUCCACAUCGAUCGGACAAGAACAUAGAGAGAGAGAGAGAGAUAUUUGCUUCUUGUCCUCUCUUCUCUUCUCUCUUUUAGUUUCUUCUUCUCCUCCUGAGCCUUUGAGAUCCAUCAACGAUGGCGACCGAUGAGCCUUCUCUCACUCGCUGGAGCUUCCUGGAGUUUAAAACGUUUUAUGAUGCCAAGUUUGGGAGGAAGAAGCUGCCUGAAGAGCCCCAAGAAUCAAAGCCAGAAGAUGGAUCAUCCAGCAACAAGGAAGAAGAUGCUUCCCAAGUCGCCACCAAUCCAUCUCAGGAGGGUAACACUAGGUUGACCAAUGGGAUACGUGAGAAGCCGAAAAAGUCAAUGUUCCCACCUUUUGAAUCUGCAGAGACUCGUGCUCUCGCUGAGAGUCUAAGCAGGGAUAUCAUCCGUGGUAACCCAAAUGUGAAGUGGGAAAGCAUCAAGGGUCUAGAGAACGCUAAAAGGUUGCUCAAAGAAGCUGUAGUCAUGCCUAUCAAAUACCCCUCGUACUUUAAUGGUCUACUAUCUCCAUGGAAAGGGAUUCUUCUCUUUGGCCCACCUGGUACCGGAAAGACUAUGCUUGCAAAGGCUGUUGCUACUGAGUGUAACACAACGUUCUUCAACAUCUCAGCUUCAUCUGUUGUUAGCAAAUGGAGAGGUGACUCUGAGAAGUUGAUUAGAGUGCUGUUCGAUCUAGCUAGGCAUCACGCGCCUUCGACUAUUUUUCUUGAUGAAAUAGAUGCGAUUAUAAGUCAGCGUGGUGGUGAAGGACGUAGUGAGCAUGAAGCAAGUAGGCGUCUCAAAACUGAGCUUCUCAUUCAGAUGGAUGGGUUACAGAAAACGAAUGAGCUUGUGUUUGUUUUAGCUGCAACAAACCUCCCAUGGGAGCUUGAUGCAGCUAUGCUCAGGCGUCUAGAGAAGAGAAUUCUUGUACCAUUACCUGAUCCAGAAGCAAGAAGAGGAAUGUUUGAGAUGCUCUUGCCGUCACAACCGGGUGAUGAGCCAUUGCCUCAUGAUGUGCUGGUUGAGAAGUCAGAGGGUUACUCUGGCUCAGACAUUAGGAUACUUUGUAAGGAAGCUGCGAUGCAACCGUUGAGACGUACAUUGGCUUCACUGGAAGACACAGAAGAGAUUGUGCCUGAAGACGAGUUGCCAAAAGUUGGACCUAUACUACCAGAAGACAUUGACCGAGCUUUGAGCAACACUCGACCAUCGGCUCAUCUGCAUGCACAUCUGUAUGACAAGUUCAACGAUGAUUACGGUAGCCAAAUCAUCAAGUAAAGUCGAUGGAACAUAUAUAAUAUGCCAUCUAGAACAUCAUUAUUUAUAAUGGAAGCAUAAGAUUUGAUUCUCUCAGUGACUUCUGAUGGUUUUAUAUUAAAGAACAAUCCUAUUAUUUCCAUAUUUUUGUGACAAUUUAUUUUUCAUAAAUAAAAACAUAAAUGUUUUAGCUU